AAAAAGUUUGUGAGGUUAUAAAAUCGAUAUUGCUAUUAAUAGCCUUUGAGGACAAGUACCCGUAUGUGUAUUUUUGUUAAAUUUGUGUCGUUUUAUACUUGACUGACAGUAAAACAGUCGAUGGUUACACAGUAUUAUAUUACAAGUAUUUAUUUAGAUCGGUUAGCUUUGUGUGUAUGUGUGUUUUUAUUUUUUUUUUAUUUCGUUUAUUUUUUCAAUGCUGUUAUAUGAGUGAUAAUGCAAAAUGCAAAGUGUAAUAACAAUAAGUUUGAUAUUUCUGAUCACCAGUGUUCAUAACUUGGAAGGAAAGAAACCAAACAUUGUGUUUAUAGUGGCUGAUGAUCUGGGAUGGAACGAUGUCGGGUUCCACAAUCCAUCUAUGAUCACACCUAACAUUGAUAAACUCGCCUACCAGGGAGUGCUUCUGAACCACUCGUAUGUUCAACCAGUCUGCUCGCCCUCCCGACAUGCCUUUAUGACUGGGUAUUAUCCAUUUAAAGCCGGCUUGCAGCAUUUGGUAAUUGGUCACAGUCAAAAUGUCUGUUCACCUUUAAACAUGACGUUUCUUCCGAAACAUCUGAAACAAGCUGGCUAUGCGACCCAUGCGAUUGGAAAAUGGCAUCUGGGAUUCUGUAACUGGGAGUGUACAGCGGAGUAUCGCGGGUUCGAUUCCUUCUAUGGCUACUACAACAGCCGGUCGGACUAUUACACCCAUGUUCAAGACAAAUUUCUAGAUUUCCACGACGGAUAUAACGUUGUCUGGGACAAGAACGGGUCGUACUCAGCCGACUUGUAUGCGGAUAGAGCAGAACAUAUCAUAGCUAAACACAACAAGAGUCAACCACUGUUUCUCUACCUACCUUACCAAAACGUUCACGAACCUUUAGAAGUACCUCCUGAAUACGAAGCUUUGUAUCCGAACGUCGAAACCCCGGGGAGAAGAACAUAUUGUGGUAUGGUGACGGCAUUAGACGCUGCUAUUGGGCGUGUCGUAGAGGCUUUGAAACAGAAAGGACUUUAUGACGAUACUAUAUUCUUCUUUACACCAGAUAAUGGCGGCUGGACUCCUUAUCAUGGUAAUAAUUGGCCUCUGCGUGGCGGUAAAAUUACAAUAUGGGAAGGUGGAACCAGAGUGCCUGGAUUUGUUUCCGGUUCAAGACUUGAAAAGACAGGCUCUGUGUUUAAUGGAUUAAUGCAUGCAGUAGACUGGCACCCUACAAUACUAACAGCUGCCGGUCUGUCCCCUGAUCCUAGUCUUGAUGGGAUAUCACAGUGGGAUGCUAUAAGUUCCGGGUCAGACGGCAAGCGGACGGAAUUUAUCUAUAAUUUAGAUGACACGGUGCCAGCGACCCAAGGCCAUGCUGGAAUUAGAAUGGGCGAUUUCAAAUUAUUGGCGGGAAACACUGGGUUAUACAAUGGCUGGUACCCACCAGAUAAAAUGUACACGGAGAAGGCGCUGGAAGAGGAAUUUAGUUUUGAGGAAAGGCUAAAAGCCGGGAACGAAUCUUACUAUAAAUUGUUUAACUUGAAAGACGAUCCAAACGAGUAUAAAAACCUAGCAGACGACAUGCCAGAAAUGGUUCAGAAACUUUUAAAACGCAUGAAUGAAUACAGAAAAGACAUGAUACCCGCUAGAAUUCCACCAACAGACCCGGCAGCUAAUCCGAAAUAUUUUGGCAAUGUUUGGAGUCCCGGUUGGUGUAAGAAACCAAUGUCGUGAGCAUUGAGUGGAAGGACCAUUCUCAAGCAAGAUUGUUGAGAACUUUUUGCAUAACUAGGGUUGAAUUGAUUUCAUUUUAAAGUUUAACGCCGGGUUUUAUGAAGAAUUAAUAUCUCUAUCGGAACAUCUCGGCUAUUAUCAAUAAUAACGUUCUUAUUAGAAGUUUGACGGAAAAGGCCGAGGAGAUGCGAAUGUUAAUAUCUACCAAUCAUCAGCGAGAGGAUAAACGUACUUUUCAUUUUUAAGCGCUUAAUAUUUGAAAUGCAAAAACAGGUCAUUGCAAACUUGUUAUUAUGAAGUGAAUAUGUGUAUAAGUAAAACUGGACUCAAUUAUAACUUACUAUAGAUUGUUAAGUAUUAAUCUAAAAUUGUGCUGUCAAUUCAAAAUAAAACGCAGUUUGUUUUUACCAAAUAAAAAAUAUAUAGAUAAAACUA